GGAUGUAACCUCAUGGUGGCGCAAUUGCAGGCACUUAUUUGGCUGAACGCUGACGCAGUCGUGUCAUAGAGAAUGCCCUUCAUGUUGUCUUUGAUGUUUGAUAUGACAUAAAAAAGCAGAAGAGGCAACAGAGAAGGGGAGAAAGAGAGAGACAAAAGACGAGAGAGGUUGAGAGAGAAUGUAUGGUUGGACGGGUCAGAGGUGGCAGUCCAGGGCUGGAACACUGAAAGUCCUCCUCGGACUCUUGGUUUUGUCCCAGUGUGACGCGUCACAGAAGGAUAAUGCAGAACGCAAUCGAACGGACGUCUAUCAGCCCGAGUACAUGGUGGUGUUGGGGAAGAACGCCACCGGGGGCUUCGUGACUUCCCUUGGCAGGAUCUUACUCAACAUAAUAUACAAUAAACCAUUUCCUCAAGACAUAUUCCUUAAGAUGGUGGGGAUGGAUUCCACCGACCCUGACUACGGCAAGCACAUCCGUGAACAGCUUCUUUUACACAUUUCCAGCUUCUACGUCAGUGCGUUAGUCCUGGGUGCGUACGUCUUGGCGAUGCCCACGUCAGGCAUCAUCGUGGCGUGCUGCCGCUCGUGUGGAAACCUGGGAGGGAAGAUGUACCAGCAGCAGAACACUCUCAUUCACUGUGAGAGAAAAACCAUUUUUGGCAGUUUGCUCUGCAUCUCCCUCGUCAUCUUUGCUGGGACCAUGAACAUGUUCAAGAGCCACCAGUCCUUCAAAGAUGGCAUGGAGCAGACCCCUUCUCAGUUUGCCCACAUGCUCACUAACAUCUUUAUGUACGUCCAGGCUCUGCCUCUGCAAGUAGGCCACGUACAGAGAGAGUCUGAAGAAACCGUCAGAGAAGUCACCAAAAACUUUCAAGACAUCGGCCCUCUGCUGGGAGGACAGAUCCAGGAGCGACUCCUCGUACAUCUGAAGCCAGUGUUCGAUGAAGUCAAACUCCUGAACGAGGACAACGACAAAAUGAGUGCAAAACUGCAGCAGCUUCAGUCUUUUAUAAACCAGAUACAGUCCAACCUGGACAACCUGCAGCAAGACGUCCAAAGUGUCAAAGGUCGUCUGACUCUAACCUUAGCCAAACCAGAGUGCACUGGCUGUGAGCUGCUGCAGUCAGAUCUGGACAGUCUGGAUCUGAAGCUGAACCACCACAUCACUAUUCCCACCCUGAAGGAGUUCUGGGAUGAAGUGAAUGAAGUCAUUACAAUUAAACUCACGUUAAAAAUGGAGAAGGUUAACAAUUAUCUGGACAGCAUCCCAAACAUUAUUGCCAGUACCAACCCACAUGUGACUAAUUUAGAAUUCAUGGAGCUGCCGCCUGGCGUUCAGACACCAGUGAUCUCUCAGGUCAUCAGUCAGUUCACCACCCUGUUAUAUCACUUACAAAUUGAAAUGGGAAAUAUGAGACCCUACGCCGCUAUAGCCUACUGGGUCUUCAAGGAAAUCUGGUGGAAGUGUGGCUUCGCUGUUUGUGGUAUGCUGCUCUUUAUACUGAUGUGUAACUGCUUGGGAAUGAUCCUGGGCAUUGUGGGUCUGAAACCCAAGGCGGACCCCACGAUGCGCUCCAAGACGGCAGACUGCGGAGGAACAUUCUUCCUGGUGAGCACAGGUCUAAGCUUCUUCUUCUCCUGGUUGUUGAUGCUGAUUGUGUUGGCGCUGUUCUUCAUCGGCGGGACGUUUUACACUGUCAUCUGUCGGCCCCUAAGAAAUGGACAAAUUCUGAAGGCUGUGGACUCCACAGAAUUCAUCAUUCAACUGAGGGAGUCUUUUGGACAGAAAUCUGCAAUCACCGCCACUAGUAUUAUUAGUGACUGUAAGCAGAACAAGCCACUGUGGACGACCAUUAAACUGAAGGACAGCAUAGACCUCGAAGAAAUGCUCAACGUAUCUGAAUACAUAAAACAUGCACAGACGCUGUUUGACAGUACACACAUCACAGUAUCCGCAUACACUAUCCUGAGCCCUGAAGUACAAAACCAGCUCAGAGAAUUCUCAGCAAAGGCCAAAGAUUUUAACACCAACGCUAAUACACACCAGACAGACUACAUGUUCUCCGUCAAUUUAAACGCCGUAACUGAGGCACUUGAGUUUGCCGCUUUAAGAAUUGAGGAUGUGGUUCAAGAAGAGCUCCGAAAUGAGGCAAAGAUUCUUACGAGUCUUCAGGACAGAAUAGAAACGGUCGUUAUUCCACAGCUCAAAGACCUGAACUCGACCGUCAUUUACCUCCGGUCCUUGGCAGCAAAUAUCUCUGAGAGAGUGGAGGACGUGCUGAGGAUUGUGGGAGUGGUCCAAAACAUUCUCAACACAAAUACAGAACAGAUUGUCAGGACGGAAAGCAUGCGGUUUUUGGACAACCAGAUUGACCACAUCAAGGGUUACAAAAAGUGGGCAACGAAAAUGGUCACACAGGAUAUAGGACAGUGUCGGCCCUUGUCUGAAAUUCUGUACUUCUUGGAAAACAUCUUCUGUGCAUAUCUGGUGGAGCCUCUGAACAUCUUCUGGCUCAGUCUCUUCUGGAGCUUGAUCCUCUUCAUCCCCAACAUCUCCUUAUCUCUCCUACUGUCCAAGUACUACAGGGUCAUGGAAUACUCGGAUGAAUACGAUGACCCCAUUAUCAUGAAUAACAUCAUCAUGUACCCAGAUGGAAACCGGCUGAAAAUACAUGAAAGUUAUUACUUCGGAGAUCUGUGACAGCGCCACACAGUGGAGUAGUGAUCAGCACUGAACCCCAGCUGAGCGCUGGAGAGAAGACCUUUGGUUUCCUCUCACUGCCUUGACAUCUUCAAAGGCCAAGGCUAAGUUGUUGACAGUGGAAAGAAGAAGAGAGAGGGUGAGAAAGUUCCAGAAGAAUCAGGUACAAGAAGGGAGAAAGGUUUAAAGCAGCGAGUGAUGCCACCCUGUGGAUUUCAGACGUACUACCGAACUCUUUCACCUGUAUUACUUUAAAUAUUCACAUUUUAUUGGAGCAAAAGGAAACACCUCAGGGACAACUGACAAGUAGACUCAAUAAACAACAUAUAAUAGUAAUUCAUUUUUAGUUUAAUUCAUGAACCUAUUUUUCUAAUUUAUGGAAAAUAUAUUUAAUGAUUACAAGUCUGUUUAUUGAAGUUAUGAUGAUCAUAGUUUGCAGUGCCAACAAGUAUUUACCGGCAUAAGUAAUUUUGAGAAGAAUGUUUUUUUUUUUUUAUCCUGUAUUUAAUGUAAACAACACAUGGGUUCAAACAGUACUGAAAUGUCUCUGUCACAGCGUUUAAUUAACAUUUUGCUUGAAAGUUUAUUUCUGUACAUUUUCGUGAACCGAUGUUAUGGUGUUUAUAAUGGAUUUAUGAUGACUCUGUUAAAAACACCUAAUAAUAAUAAUAAUAAAAACAAAAAGCACUCACUGCUGAAUGCACUGAUUCUGUGUUUGACUGGAGCGUGGAACCUCUGUC